UAUUCGGCUCGACCUUCGCUGGUGCCAACCGGUCGCAGCCUACUCAGUUCGGCCGAAACGCCUCCGAGGGCAAGCACUGCUGAACCGGUGGAAUACAUCGAAUGCUUCUUAGAUGAGGAGGCACUAGCCUUACUGAGGCGUGGUUUGAACAUUGAUAUUGUGGAGGCCGUUUUUGAUCGAUACAAAUCACGUGCCAUGAGAGAGGCCUUUCGAACUGCCACCUUAGACAAGUUGAAUUUUCAGUCGAAAGAAGUCCGACAACUGCAGGGAUCCAUCAAUGUGCAUGAUAUCGAUCACGACAAGUGGAUCGAUUUACCCCGCAAGUACUCAAGAUCAUCUGCUCGAUUCGAGCUACCAAUGGACACCAGAACACUAUCAACGAUGACUCCUAUUGAAUAUUUAAAGCGGCACGUUGUACUCAGCGACGACCGGAAGAUGCUGUACCAUAGGAUCUUCGUUCGUAAUCUCCCGGCCGAUGACAGCAAGACGGUGCAAGAAUCGAUCGACACGGAAUCCCUGCCGGAAACUGAAACCGUUUCCCAGGCUGCCAGUUUUCGCAAUCUGCUGGCUGAUAUCACUCGUGUUAUUCCGAUGGCCAACUUCGACAAGGCUAUGCACGAAGCCUUAGGUUUCCACGGAACGCCGGAGAAGAUUUUCGAAAUCCGCGAACUGCUGGAGCUAAACUACGAGUACUACCAGGAGAUUCCGAUCGAUUUUCGCUCAUGGUGCGGGAUCGUAGCCUUCUCAGAGCGGUACAUCAUCACCCAGGACCGGAAAACGGAUCCCUGCAAUGAGCUGGAAAUGGUCGACUUCGAAUCGUUGGAACGCCGAAUUCGCUCCGCUAAACCGUCGGAGAAUUUAUGCAAAGUUUUGCAUCUCAUUAGAAGUAACUGAACUCUACAGGUUUUGCGAAGCACUAACAAAAUGAUAGAUGAUGUGAGAUUUUACUAGUGGGUUUAGUAGAAUUUUUCAGAAGCACAUGUGUGAUAUGAUUGAAUAGGGAUUUGAACAACGUUUGC